UUUAAUCAACUUCAGUCAAAAUAAAGGUGAAACCAGCUAACAAAUUGCCAACAGUCAACACUGUUUAUUGAUAUUUUAAUUAUUAUCAAUAAUUGAUUUCUAAUUGAACAUUUUGUUUGAUUGUUGAUCAUUCAAUCAGUUAAUUUACUUGUGUCACCAUUUUGAAUGUAAUUUUGCCUUAUCAGUAUGUUUAAUGUCCUUUAAUUGGCUUUAAAUUUAGUUAAACUUUGUUUUUUGAUUGUUAACAAAGUUGUUAAUUGUUUUGUCUUACAAUUUGUUUUUUGUUUUGAUUUGAUAUACCAAAGUCAUGGUAACACCGAGUUCAUUAUCAACUACACCAAGUAAAUCACAUUUUAAUAUUCAACAAAUAUUAGGAUUAGAUGAGACUUCAAAAUCAUCAAUUAAUCAUCAACAAUCAGCUAAAUCAACUGAUCAAGAGAAUGGUUCAAGGAUUAUUAUUAAUUGUGAUUCUACUUCUCAACAAUCAAUAACACCAACAACAACAAUUGAUUGGGAUAAUAAUAAUGAAUCAAAUGAUGAAGAUACAAAUAAUCAGGAAACUAUGUCACUCUCUUCAGCUCGAUCAACACCGGAACCGGAAGAUGAUAAUCGAUUGACACCUUUAUCGUCCCAAACAAUUUUACCACGACAAUCAUCAUCAGCAUCAUCUUCAUCUCGAUCACCAAAUCAACAGGAACCUUCAAAUUGUUUAUCGACCUUAACCUCUGCCUCCAUGCUGAACGCUUACCUUUACCGACCCUCUCCGACAAACACAGCAGCCGCAGCAGCGGCUCUUGUUUCAGGACUAUUAGACUAUCGAUUUGCAGCCGCUGCCGCUGCAGCCAAAGGAGGAGGCGGAGGAAUCGGAUCAUCAACACCAAACUCAAUUCUAUCAAUGAAUGGUACCAAUUUCUCAGGUGAACCCUUAGAGCCCUUGAAAAUACCUACAACCAUGAAAUGUCAACUUCGCCGACACAAGUCCAAUCGAAAACCUCGAACUCCUUUUACCACUCAACAACUUCUCGCCUUAGAACGUAAAUUUAAAGCUAAACAAUAUCUUUCCAUUGCUGAAAGAGCCGAAUUCUCAUCUUCUCUUAAUUUAACCGAAACUCAGGUCAAAAUUUGGUUCCAAAAUCGUCGAGCCAAAGAGAAACGGUUAAAAGAAGCGGAAAUUGAAAAAAUUCGUAUGGCCUCAAGACCGGCGACCAUUUUAUCAUCUCAUCCGUUUUCACUUUCCUCCGGAUUCCCACCCAAUGGUCAUCAUCACCUCUCAUUACACCAUCAGCAUCCUCAUCAAUUUCAUCACUUUCAUCAUCAUCCUCAUCAUCAUUUUCCUUGAAACGAUUUUGUUAUAAUUAAAUUAAUUUAAAUUCUUCUUUUGUUACUCAUCAACAAUUAAAAACGAUUUGUAAAUUAUUUUCAUGUCGAUAAUCACAAUUAAAGUAACAAUCAAUCAACCAGGUCACCAAUUAAUAUUAUUA